CUUCAUCCAAGCCGUGACUAGACAUUCGGUCAUGAGUCGGUGAAGAAGGGGGGCGCUCCAGGCUCGGCGUGGGAAACAGACCGACGCUUGAAGGCGCAUUACAUCCAGGAUCCCUGCUGCUCCAGGAGGAGCAGAAAGGUUGGGGCCAUGUCCUCGUCAGACGCCCCAAUGGGAGGGACCCCUCGUCCUGGGCCUUCCCCUGGACCUGGACCCUCUCCUGGGUCUAUGCUGGGCCCCAGCCCUGGUCCAUCUCCCGGUUCCUCUCAUGGCAUGAUGGGCCCCAGUCCUGGCCCCCCGACCUCUGGACAUCCACUGACAGGAACUGGUGGAUACCCCCCAGACACCCUCAACCCUCUACACAAAAACAUGGAGGGUCUUCACGAGAAGAGUAUGAGUGAUGAAAGCCGCUUCAGCCAGAUGAAAGGUCCAUCCCUGAGACAGGGUGGGCACAGCGGGAUGGGACCGCCACCCAGUCCCCUGGACCAACACUCUCAAGGUUACCACUCUCCAUUAGGUGGAUCUGACCAUUCAAGUCCAGUGCCAUCAAACGGCCCCCCUUCUGGUCCUCUUCUGCCAUCGUCAUCCUCUUCGUCGUCCUCUGUUGGCCCUGGAUCUGCCUCCACACCUCUGGAUGGUUCUAGUGGAGAACAGCACGUGAUGGGUUCCACCAACCGCCCUCCAGGCCCUCCCAGUUCGGGCUCAGGACCCAGUCCUGGACCUAGCCUUGGGUCAAAUGUGCCCAGCAUGGGAUCUGGGCUUGAAGCGGGCAGCCUCGCUGGACCUGGUGGCGCCACACCUUUCAAUCAAAAUCAACUGCACCAGCUCAGAGCUCAGAUAAUGGCCUACAAGAUGCUGGCCCGGGGCCAGCCUUUACCGGACCACCUUCAGAUGGCUGUUCAAGGGAAGAGGCCGAUGCCAGGCAUGCAGCAGCAGCCCAUGUCAAGCCUGGCUCCUGGAGGAGGACCUGUUGGUCCAGGCUACGGUCGAAUACAUGGAAUGAUGGGCCCGAGCAUGCCACCACCUGGUCCAUCUGGAUCCUCACUUGGCAUUCAAGGCCAAAACCCCAAUGGCCCUCCCAAGCCCUGGCCUGAAGGUCCUAUGGUGAACGCAGCGGCGCCCUCGACUGCCGCCCAAAAACUGAUCCCCCCGCAACCAACUGGCCGGCCCUCCCCUGCGCCACCCUCAGUCCCUCCCGCUGCCUCCCCAGUGAUGCCGCCCCAGACCCAGUCACCGGGCCAGCCUCCACAGCCCACGCCCAUGAUGCCUUACCACACCAAGCAAAAUCGCAUCACUCCCAUUCAGAAACCCUGCGGCCUCGACCCAGUGGAGAUUCUCCAAGAGAGAGAAUACAGAUUACAGGCUAGAAUCACUCAUCGUAUUGCUGAACUGGAGAACCUGCCGGGGUCUCUGGCUGGGGAUUUACGAACCAAAGCUACCAUAGAACUUAAAGCAUUGCGACUUUUGAACUUCCAGAGACAGCUGCGGCAGGAAGUUGUGGUGUGUAUGCGGCGUGACACCGCUUUAGAAACUGCCCUCGACGCCAAAGCUUACAAGAGAAGCAAACGUCAAAGCCUGCGUGAAGCUCGCAUCACGGAGAAACUGGAGAAGCAGCAGAAGAUCGAACAGGAGCGCAAGCGAAGGCAGAAGCAUCAGGAGUAUCUGAACAGCAUCCUUCAGCAUGCCAAAGACUUCAAGGAGUACCAUCGGUCCAUCACCGGCAAGAUGCAGAAGCUGACUAAGUCUGUAGCAACCUACCACGCCAACACUGAGCGGGAGCAGAAGAAAGAGAAUGAGCGCAUAGAGAAAGAGAGGAUGAGGAGACUCAUGGCAGAGGAUGAGGAGGGUUACCGGAAACUGAUUGACCAGAAGAAGGACAAGCGUCUGGCGUACCUCUUGCAGCAAACUGAUGAAUAUGUGGCCAACCUCACUGAGCUAGUGAGAGCACACAAGGCUGCGCAGGCGCUGAAGGAGAAGAAGAAGAAGAAAAAGAAGAAGAAGAAGAUGGAGAAUGCAGAAGGGCCAGCUCCUGCCAUGGGGCCGGAUGGAGAGCCUCUAGAUGAGACCAGCCAGAUGAGUGACUUGCCUGUGAAGGUCAUCCAUGUGGACAGUGGGAACAUCUUGACUGGGGUUGAUGCCCCCAAGGCUGGACAACUGGAGACCUGGCUGGAGAUGAACCCAGGGUAUGAGGUGGCUCCCCGGUCUGACAGUGAAGACAGUGAGGAGGAGGAGGAGGAAGAGCAGGAGGAAGAAGAGGAGCCUCAGCCUUCAACAGCUCCGUCUGAAGAGAAGAAGAAGAUCACAGACCCUGACUGUGAAGACGUCUCUGAGGUUGACGUCCAACACAUCAUUGAGAAUGCCAAGCAGGAUGUAGAUGAUGAAUACAGUGGAGCAGCGUUCGCCCGAGGGCUGCAGUCUUACUACGCCGUGGCUCACGCCGUCACAGAGAAGGUGGACAAACAGUCCAGUUUGUUGAUCAAUGGCCAGCUCAAACAGUACCAGAUUAAAGGACUGGAGUGGCUGGUUUCUCUCUACAACAACAACCUGAAUGGCAUUCUGGCCGAUGAGAUGGGGCUGGGAAAGACUAUCCAGACCAUCGCCCUCAUCACGUACCUCAUGGAGCACAAACGGCUGAACGGACCCUACCUCAUCAUCGUCCCGCUCUCGACUCUUUCUAACUGGGUCUAUGAGUUCGACAAGUGGGCACCAACAGUGGUGAAGGUGUCCUACAAGGGCUCACCUGCUGCCAGAAGAGCCUUCGUUCCUCAACUGCGGAGCGGAAAGUUUAAUGUUUUACUCACCACUUAUGAGUAUAUUAUCAAGGACAAGCAGGUCCUGGCUAAGAUCCGUUGGAAGUACAUGAUCGUGGACGAAGGCCACAGGAUGAAGAACCAUCACUGCAAGCUGACUCAAGUCCUUAACACCCACUACCUGGCUCCCAGGCGGGUGCUGCUGACCGGGACGCCGCUGCAGAACAAGCUCCCGGAGCUCUGGGCUCUCCUCAACUUCCUCCUGCCCACCAUCUUCAAAAGCUGCAGCACAUUCGAGCAGUGGUUCAACGCUCCUUUCGCCAUGACGGGAGAGAAGGUGGACCUUAAUGAGGAAGAGACCAUCUUGAUCAUCCGUCGCCUCCAUAAAGUGCUCCGUCCAUUCCUGUUGCGCCGAUUAAAGAAGGAAGUGGAGGCUCAGCUUCCAGAGAAGGUGGAGUAUGUCAUCAAGUGCGACAUGUCGUCUCUCCAGAGGGUUCUGUACCGACACAUGCAGGCCAAGGGCGUCCUGCUGACCGACGGCUCAGAGAAGGACAAGAAGGGAAAAGGAGGGACAAAGACACUGAUGAACACCAUCAUGCAGUUGAGGAAGAUCUGUAACCACCCAUACAUGUUCCAGCAGAUAGAGGAGUCCUUCUCUGAGCAUCUGGGUUUCUCCGGCGGGAUAGUGCAGGGGCCGGACUUGUAUCGAGCGUCAGGAAAGUUUGAGGUGUUGGAUCGGAUUCUCCCCAAGCUGAGAGCGACGAACCAUAAAGUGCUGCUGUUCUGCCAGAUGACAUCACUCAUGACUAUCAUGGAAGACUACUUUGCCUACCGCAGCUUUAAAUACCUGCGUUUGGAUGGUACCACCAAGGCUGAAGACCGGGGCAUGCUUUUAAAGACCUUCAACGACCCAGAGUCAGAGUACUUUAUCUUCCUCUUAAGUACCAGAGCUGGAGGUCUGGGUCUCAAUCUGCAGUCUGCCGACACUGUAGUGAUUUUCGAUUCGGACUGGAAUCCUCACCAGGACCUGCAGGCCCAGGACCGAGCUCACCGUAUCGGCCAGCAGAACGAGGUGCGCGUACUGCGCCUCUGCACCGUUAACAGCGUUGAGGAGAAAAUCUUGGCUGCUGCCAAGUACAAGCUCAACGUGGACCAGAAGGUCAUUCAGGCUGGCAUGUUUGACCAGAAGUCCUCCAGCCACGAGCGAAGGGCCUUCUUGCAGGCCAUUCUGGAGCAUGAGGAGCAAGACGAGGUCUGGGGUCAGGAAGUGUGUCUACGCAUGAAUGUGUGUUCGAGCACCUGCAACACACAAGUCAGUGAAGUUAACUUGCUUAUACUCUGUUUGCCAAUGUUUGUUUGUUGUAUUCAGGAGGAGGACGAGGUGCCUGACGACGAGACGGUCAACCAGAUGAUCGCUAGAAGUGAGGAGGAGUUCGACCAGUUCAUGCGUAUGGACUUGGACCGUCGGCGUGAGGAGGCUCGUAACCCUCGCCGUAAACCCCGACUGAUGGAGGAGGAUGAGCUCCCCACCUGGAUCAUGAAGGACGAUGCUGAGGUUGAGCGUCUGACUUGCGAGGAGGAAGAGGAGAAAAUGUUUGGUCGAGGUUCCAGGAAUCGAAAGGAAGUGGACUACAGCGACUCCCUCACUGAGAAGCAGUGGCUAAAGGCAAUUGAGGAAGGCACAUUGGACGAGGUAGAAGAAGAGGUGCGCCACAAGAAGACCACGCGCAAGAGAAAGCGAGGCCGAGACAUGGAUCUGCCCACGCCCUCUUCGUCCAGGGCGCGAGUCAACCUGGAGAAAGAUGACGACGGGAAGAGGCAGCGGAAAAGAGGGAGACCUCCCACAGAGAAACUUUCACCUAACCCCCCGGGCCUCACAAAGAAGAUGAGGAAAAUAGUGGAUGCAAUGAUCAAGUACAAAGACAGCGCCAGUGGACGUCAGCUGAGCGAGGUUUUUAUCCAGCUCCCGUCUCGUAAAGAGCUUCCAGAGUACUAUGAGCUUAUUCGCAAGCCGGUGGACUUCAGGAAGAUCAAGGAGAGGAUUCGAAAUCAUCGCUAUCGCAGCUUCGGUGACCUGGAGAGAGACGUCAUGCUGCUUUUCCAAAAUGCCCAGACAUUUAACCUGGAAGGAUCACUGAUAUACGAAGACUCCAUCGUGCUCCAGUCUGUCUUCACCAGCCUGAGGCAGAAGGUGGAGAACGAGGAAGAGAGUGAGGGCGAAGAGAGCGAGGAAGAGGAGGAUGAGCUGGAUGAGGGAUCUGAGUCUGAAUCUCGUUCUGUGAAGGUGAAGAUUCGUCUCAACAAGAAGGAUAAAACUGGGGAUCGUGGGAAGGGGCGCAGUCGGCGCGGGGGACGCACCAGAGCCAAACCUGUUGUCAGUGACGACGACUCUGAUGAAGAACAAGAAGAGGAGCCUUCUCUUAGUGCAUCUGAUGAAGACUCCUGAGCUGCCGAGACAUCUGGAGGCGAGACCAUUUGUUGCGCAAUCUCAGAAGUAAAACACCACACAUCCGUCUCUAUCAACCCUCAGUCACAUAAGAGCGAAAUAAGACAUCCAGUGCUGCGCCAGUCAACCUGAUUUGUCUGAGGGAAGAAACCCCUUGCAUCCAUGCAAGCACAGGUUUAAGCACACCAACUGUUUUCAACUGUUUCACUGAAUGUAGUACAUUUUAUUUUAUUUUUUAAUGCAGCCCCGCUGUUUUGUUGUGUUGCAAUAUCCUGCUUUCGAAAUCAGACCACUCUCCCUCUGCACGCCCUUCCUUUUGCAUAUUCGGGCCACUGUUGGACCUGGGUGUUUCCAGACUUGUCAGAAGCCCUUGAGCAACUCACCAUGGAUAUUUGACUGAGGUCUGAUGGAGACUUUAAAAACCUGCUGCUUCUCACUUCCAUCAUAAGUCUUGUGACUGAGUUACUUUUGGGAACUGGCUUCCUCCUCUGUUGUUAUGGCGGUGUUUCGGAUUUCUUAGCUUACUAUUUAUUGCUCUAUUUAAGCACCUUUAUGGUUUUGAUUUUAAGAUGAAGGACCAGAGGGACGGCGGCUCCUCUCUGCUCGUAAACGCCUCGUGGCUGAGUGGUGUUGGAUAUUCUGUGUAGACUCAUUAGGAGUGCUAAUUCAUUGUACAAGUCUAAAACCAGAGCUGUACUUCUCAUGUUAUGUUUGGUAGCUGAACUCAAGAACCAAAGCAUCAAUGUAUUUUCCCCCUCACUAUCGUGUCUGUCACUGUUGCUGAUAUUGAUGUAACAAUAAAUUGCAAGGAAUGUGA